GGAGGAACUGCCAGUCCACUGAGAAAGAGACCCUCAGAAAUAAACAGAGUCAAGCAAGAGAAAUAAACACACCAAUCAGAACAACAAGCCGAGAUGCAGCGAGAACGUUCACUCCACACCAGGAAGAUCUUAUAAGACCGUUCUUCAGAUUUGCUUAAAAUCACGUCUACAUAUUGCUGAAGAAAAUGUAAAGGGACCUUUCCGCUUCUUUUCAUGGGAAUCUGAGUUGCAAGUUUACUACGUGAACGAAAUAUAUCUAUAUAUAUCUAUAUAUAUAUAUAUAUAUAGAUAUAUCUAUAUAUAAGUGCUUAGCAGGAGAGGUUGUUUUGCAUCUAGCUGAUUCGCUUUGAACUUCACUUGAUGUGUUGCUUUUAACAUUCGGAAGGCGAUUCGAUUUUGCAAAACUGCUGAUCGAUAUUUUUGGUUAGAUUUUGAAGUUUAAGAGCGGCGUUUUAAGAUACUUACUGUAGUACACAAAUACCAAUUUGAUUAUUUACCGUGAAGAUCCAAAGCACAGCCCACUGCCCGAGGAAUCAUGUUGCUGGACGCUGGUCACCAGUUCUCCGGCUUAGGAGUUGGCACUUUUGCCAGACAUCACUCAGCAAGCGAAAUGCAAGACAGAGACAUGAGUUUAGCACAAAGUAGCUUUGUUGAUUCUCCGCACAUGGGGGCUUUUAAACUUAACCACGAUCUUUCUCCAGGACAGAGUUCGGCUUUCACUUCUCAGGGUCCGAGUUACCCCGCGGCGGCUUUGGGUGCUCAUGCAGCUCAUGUCACCUCGUACGCGAGUUCGCCUUUUAACUCUACCAGGGAGUUUCUCUUUCGCAGCCGCGGCUUCGGCGAGUCAUCCCCGGCGAGCAGCCAGCACUCAAUCUUCGGCACCACAGCUGGCUCUCUCCAUCACUCCCAUGCGGACACUCAAGGCCACAUAUUGUUUCCUGGGAUCCAUGAUCAACACGGGUCUCACGGCUCUCCAAAUGUCCUGAGCGGACAAAUGCGCCUAGGACUACCGGGGGAUGUUUUUGGACGCUCGGAUCAAUAUCACCAGGUUUCCAGUCCCAGGACCGAUCCCUAUUCUGCAGCCCAACUCCACAACCAGUACGGCUCUAUGAAUAUGAACAUGGGCAUGAAUAUGGCAGGUCAUCACCAUCACCCGGGUGCAUUUUUUAGGUACAUGAGACAGCAGUGUAUCAAGCAAGAGCUGAUUUGCAAGUGGAUCGACCCGGAACAGCUAAGCAACCCCAAGAAGAGUUGCAAUAAAACUUUCAGCACCAUGCACGAGCUCGUCACCCACGUUUCAGUGGAACAUGUUGGGGGACCCGAGCAGAGCAACCACAUAUGUUUUUGGGAAGAAUGUCCCAGAGAAAGCAAACCUUUCAAAGCUAAAUAUAAACUGGUCAACCACAUUCGUGUCCACACCGGGGAGAAGCCUUUCCCUUGUCCCUUCCCUGGAUGUGGCAAGGUUUUCGCCCGGUCGGAAAACUUGAAAAUACACAAACGAACCCAUACAGGUGAAAAACCAUUCCAGUGUGAAUUUGAAGGCUGUGACAGGCGCUUUGCAAACAGCAGUGACCGGAAGAAGCACAUGCAUGUCCAUACUUCAGAUAAACCGUAUCUCUGCAAAAUGUGUGACAAGUCCUACACUCACCCCAGCUCUCUGAGAAAACACAUGAAGGUUCAUGAAACGUCCACUCAAAGCUCCGACUCGUCUCCUGCAGCUAGUUCUGGAUACGAAUCAUCCACACCCCCAGGCCUGGUCUCCCCAUCCACUGAAACCCAAAGCAACACGAAUCUGUCGCCAGCAUCAGCAGCACACAGUAACAAUUGUCACAACAGGGUUUCUUCCAAUUUCAGUGAAUGGUACGUCUAAGGAUCAUCUUCACAACAGAGAACCAUUCGCCAGAACUCAAGAACAUAUAUAUAUAUUGAUCUGUAUAAAGAAGAAGAAAAUAAAUAUUGGACGCGUCAACACAAUGCAACAGAAAGAGCGACAGAAGAGUUGUAUUUAUGAAUUCAUAAAAAAAAAAAAAUCAACUGACGGGACUUUCUGAUACAGACUUUCUCUCUCCCGUAUGGUUAAUGAACUUUGUCAAUUUUGGUGUAUAGAUGUUCCUUCCACGGUAGCUAUUAUUUGUCAAACUGGACUUUUUAACCUAGUGCACAUAACUUAAAAUAAAAUGUUUCUUUUGUACUAUGAUGUUAAAUAUUGUGAUCCAAUGUUAAGGUAACUUAAUUGUAAACAAUACAACUAUAAACUGGACACUGUGCCAAAGUUAACAAUUUUGAGUCAGACACAAUAUUUGCUUGUGAAUGUAUAUUUUCGUUAGCUGGGUUUAACUAGUGAUGUUUUGUGCUUUGCAAGUUGGAUUUGUGAAAUACUAUUUGGAAGAUUGUGAGGAAAAUAAACGUCGUGUCGUUAAAUUUUCUGUACACCCUUCCUUUUGUAAAUAUCCAUUGCCAUAUUUAUCCAUUUGUAAUUAAAGUAUGGUAUUUACUUGAUACAGAUGAAACAAUAUUUAUAAAGAAUGUUUCCUAUAAAUAUGUACAAUUGUGGGCUAAACACGAACUGUUACUUUUUUUUUUUUUAAUUUUUUCAAGGUCCAAAACGUGUUUCUCCAUUUUUUGUGAUAAGUUCCAAGAGUUUUACUGCAUACAGAAAUAUAAUAAAAUGUGUUGCAAGUGUUUAA